AUGACUUCUAUGCCUGAAUAUGGUGUCUUUGACGAUGUCACACCAAAAAAAUCCUUCCGAGGGCCCAUCCCACGCAUCAUGCUCUCAUUCUUAGACCUGCUUUAUUUACUGAACCCCAAGUUGAAGAAGUCCCUAUCCCAUCCCUACUGCCAGGAAGCAUUCUUCUGCGUAUCCUCCCAACGCCACUCCCCCUCUUACAGCAAGCUUGGCUUAGAACUUCACAACCCUACGAGAUCUUCUCAUUAA